GCUCUACGCAUUCCUUUUGGAGACGAAGGAAUCUCUCUUUCCAUCACUCCACCGUCCCUCUCACGCUAUUCUCCUCCUCUCUCCACUAUAUAUCUAUAUACCUCUCUCUCUCUCUCUCUCUAUGUGCAUACUUAAUUGCGGAAAGCUUUUUGAGAUGCCUCAUCGUUGGGCCGCCGCCCCCGUCCUCUGCUCCACCCCACUCCCUUCCUUUCCAACCUCACCUCCCCUUUACAUCCCUUCCUUUUCACAUCCUGUUCCCUCAGAGUCCAUUCUCUUCCCCCCUUCCUCUUGGUGGUGGAAUCGCGGCACCGGUUCCGGCCGCCGCAAUGGCCUCUUCCAACUCCAGCUGCCACUCCCGGCCUCGCGUCCAAGGACAUACAGCUCCAUCAUUUAUUGAGAGAAGGUCUCGCUUCAUGAGGUGGCUCCGCAAGCUUUUCAAAGGAACAGAUGCUGGAGUGUCAAAUGGAGACCAUUCAAGUGUAACUGGGGGAGAGAACUCAUUGCAUAAACCAGUCAAACCAGUGGAUGACCAAUCAAAGGGUGAAAAUGAAGAUUUGGAUCAUGCGAUUGCCCUUUCUCUUGCAGAGGAUGCCAAGAAACCUAAUGGAUACAAGGGCCAGGGAAAUGAUGAUGAUGAGCUAGCUAAAGCUAUACAAGAAAGUUUGAGCAUGCCCUCAUCUCAACCAUAUCAACCUGUACAGUUUUUGCCAAGAGGAUAUAGAAUCUGUGGUGUUUGUCACGAUGAAAUAGGUUGUGGACAUUACUUAAGCUGCAUGGGAAUCUUUUGGCACCCACAGUGCUUUCGAUGUUAUGCUUGUGGUCAGCUUAUUCAUGAGGCUGAGUUUUCUUUGUCAGGCAGUAAUCCAUACCACAAGUUGUGUUAUAAGGAGUUGCAUCACCCCAAAUGUGAUGUCUGCCAUGAAUUUAUACCAACAAACAGGGCUGGUUUAAUUGAGUAUAGAGCUCACCCCUUUUGGGGCCAAAAAUAUUGUCCUUCACAUGAACAUGACCGCACACCUCGAUGCUGUAGUUGUGAGAGAAUGGAGUCAAGAAGUACUAGAUAUAUCUCUCUAGGAGAAGGCCGUAGCUUGUGCAUAGAAUGUCUUGAUUCUGCCAUCAUGGAUGCUGGUGACUGUCAAGCCCUGUACCACUCAAUUAGAGAUUACUAUGAAGGACUGUACAUGAGAAUAGAUCAACAAAUUCCAAUGCUAUUGGUUGAAAGGCAGGCUCUUAAUGAAGCCAUAGAAGGAGAGAAAGAUGGUCAUCACCACAAGCCCGAAAUAAGAGGCUUAUGUCUUACUGAGGAACGAACAAUUAGCAGUAUACAUAAAAGGCCAAGAAUUUGGGGAAACAGAAUUCUGGACAUGCGGACUUGCCCACAGAAGUUGACCCGUAAAUGUGAAGUUACUGCAAUUCUCGUUUUGUAUGGCCUUCCCAGACUAUUAACAGGUUCGAUCCUUGCUCAUGAGCUAAUGCAUGGUUGGUUACGUCUCAAAGGCUACCGUAAUUUAAGCGCCGAGGUGGAGGAAGGCAUCUGUCAGGCUCUUUCCCAUAUGUGGCUUGAAUCUGAGGUGAUGCCAGGGUCAACAACUUUGCCAUCCUCAUCCAAUUACGCCUCAUCUUCUUCUUCGUCAUCAUCAUCCUGGAUGCCAUUGUCAAAGAAAGCAGGGAAGUCGGAUAUUGAGAAGAAGCUUGGUCAAUUCUUCAUGUACCAAAUUGCUCAUGACACUUCAACAGCCUAUGGUGAAGGUUUCAGAGCUGCCAAUGCAGCUGUUAAUAAAUAUGGGCUUCCGCGAACCCUGGACCAUAUCCGCUUGACACGAAGCUUUCCUACAUGAAAAUGACUUCUCUUGCUGUGAGCAGUUGUUAUUGCAAAGAGUGAGUUACUCAUGCACGGUUUGGCUCACAAGUCCCAUAAUUUUUCUUGGGGAGCCACAUGGUUGAUACUGCUUUAUGUUUCAAGUAAAAGCAGCAGCUGCAAUACUAAGUUCCAAACAAUAUUUUAUAUAUAAAUUAUCCAAUGUCUGGUUUACAAGGAUGUAAAUAAUAUGUAUGUAUAUCCAUGAUAAAUUGUUCUUGAUAGAGAGAAACUCCGGCUGCUGCCCAUUCAGGUAAGCACAAGCAAAGCAUAUAUUUUGUCACAUCCAUUGGGGAAAAGGAAUUCAAAGGUAUUCUCAAACAGUAGUCUGUCACCUUCUUUUUCUUAUAUGGUGGUACAAGUGCAUCGUUGGCAACGACUCGGAAGGAUUGCUGCUUGUAUCAGGAGUUAAACAUCUGAAUGCCGAACCACCAAUCUCUUUUGAAAGCUCGAGAACGAUGUGAAUUGUUCUUGCAAAAGUCUGUUGUUUGUAUGCAACGAUGGUGACGUUUUAUCCUUGUGACGGGGCAAAGCUCUUUGGUGUGGAUAUAAAGUUCUCCCAGUAUUUUAGUCUGCGAAAGGUACCGAAAGCAUGUGGCGUGAAAGUUUCAGAUCCCAGUGGCCGGCUGUGCGAGGCUCAGGACACGCGAGGCCAGAUAUGAUCAUAUACUCGACUUUGGGACAUGGCUGGGAGUGCUUUCAAGUGGCAUCACAAGAGUCAGUACUUUAUGUUGCUCAGGUUCGUAAACUCUCUUUUAAGAACAAUAGAUCGCAGAGUGACAUGACAUCUACGUUAUUCUUCUUCAUCUUUCUAGUAGAUAAGCUAAGGAUAUCAACAAAGAGACUAGUGGAUAAGAGUUAGGCAUGAUAAAGAUAAGGUCGAUUCAUAAGAGUCAACUCCUGUAGUCUUGGUGGCCAUGUUCAAGUGGAUAAGUCUCACCUACAGACCUUGGAACUCCUAGGGCAUAUAUCUUCCUUCCCACCAUCACCGAAUCCCAUCAAGGUGCCCAUUGAUGUUGUCCAUCUUCAUCUCCUUCCUAGAUCGGCACAUGAAGAGGUGCCGUGGCAUAUGCAGUUACCUCAUUUUUUAACGUACAUGAUGAAUCUGGCAUUUGGCAGUCUUUGAAUAUGAUCUUAUCAUAAAAAAGAGGCCAUAAUUUUGUAAUUCUGAAUCAUAUUUCUCACAUAUGAGACUACUCUUUUUUUUUUUGUCUCCUUGUUGAGUCGAACAAUCCGGGACGACAUUUGCACCAAGUUCUACAACGUAUCUUUGACCCUUUGAAUGCAUUGCAUCUACCCACAAAUCCACCAUGGGAUUGCAUCAUGCUGAUACACACAGUGGUAUUGAUCAAAAAGUGACGGUUCGGAUCCUUUUUGGGCGUCAUAUUUUGGGGUGUCGGGGAAAGCAUUUCGCUGCAUUGAGAAGUUGUGGCCGUUCUUUAUCGGCUUGCGCACGUGUCGAUCCGGCACGCAACGACUGGUCUCAGGUGCACUUUGACGGAUACGGUGGGCCCCACAGGGUCUCUUGUCCUCCAGUGCACGCCCAACGAAAACUACGACGAUUUGAGGAGAGCAAGAAAGGAGGGCGAUGGGUCGGAGCUAAAUAUUUGGCAAUAGAGAGAGAAUUGGGGGCGGAGGCGACUCUGAACCCAAAGAAGAAAACACGUAUUUGAUUGGAUUCGGGAGGCUUUGAGUCUGCUGAGGUUCUAUUCAUCAUUGGAGAUUUCUUUCUGAGAAGCGAAGAUAAAGAGACGUUUCCAUGCCGGCACAUGCGAGCCAGAAGGUGCUGAGACGACGCGGGAGCAGCAGCAGCAGCUGCUGGUGAUCGCGACCCUUGUUUGCGCUCUUCGCCCUUCCCGUGUGUACCUCUCGUCCUCUUUUUAUAUCUCCGCCUCCCUCGCCCUCUCAUAGCACACGCAGAUCGAGCAGAGGAGUCGUUGUUGGGAGAGGAGGAGAUCGAAGGGUAAAAGGGCCGAUGGAAGACGACAACUGUUCUCCUUCGUUCACGUCGCAAGCGGAUGAGGUUCCCGGGCGGAAGGGCGCGAAUCCCUCGUCAUCGUCCCCCGGCUAUUUUAGCACCGUCAUCCCUCCUGCUUCCGCGGUGAUUGCAAAGGAUCUAUCACAUUCUGACUUUUGCUGGACCUUGAACAAGCAGAGAAACGAAGGUGGCAGUGCGGACGCUCAGAGAGCAACCUCAGAUUGCAAAUCGCAAGGCUGUCCAACUAAAAGACAAGUCACCAAGAACAAAGAUGAGAAAUCAGUCCAUCCCAAUGAAUCUGUAGAGUCACCAUGUUUCGGAUCAUCUGUGCAUUAUGGUGGUAGAGACUUCUACAUGAGCUCUUUGUCCAUGCAGACCACUGAAACUUCAGAAAGUUAUAAAACUGAUGAUGGAGUUGACUGGGGCAAUAGGCAUGCUGCUGACAGAGGUGACUGGUGGCAAGGUUCACUUUACUAUUGAAGAGGCAAGAUCAGUUUGCUCUCUGUUUGUAUAGAGAAGUUCCUUUGUGAUGCUGGUAUGUGUCCGGGAAGCUACAAAACUUGUUGAUUGUCCCAGUAGUCAUGCAUAAUGUGGCGAGACGGUAUGCUUUCAGCCCAUGAAGUUGAUUUUUCUUUUAUAAUCUGUAGGCUGGAGAUUAGUAGACUAUUAACGUACAAGUGAAAGAGCAGACUUGUCUAGUUAUUUGGCUGUGCUAAAUGUGGACUUGUGUGGUUUAUCUAUUUUGUGUUCUGAGAUUGAUGUAGUUAGUAUACAGUAGUAUCAGGCCCUCACCUCCAACUUUAUUGCACCGAGGAUGCAGGGUUGCUCUGUAAUAUUAUCGUAUUAUGAAAUAAAUAUAAACGUUUUUGUUUA